AUGUUGAAUUUCCUAUUCGCCAAAAAUAAAGUUGGCUACAUCGAUGGGAGGACUCAGAAACCAGAAGACAAAUCAUCCAACUAUAUGCCAUUGAUGAGAUGCGAUGAGAUUGUGAAGGGAUGGCUGACCACGGCUAUGGAGAAGAACAUCAGGAGCAGCGUAAAAUAUGCAAACACUACAUCACAAAUACGGGUUGAUCUACAAGAAAGAUUUGGAAAAGAGAGUGCACCAAGAGCUUAUGAAUUAAAAAAAUCUCUCACUAGCACCCAUAAAGAAGGUAUGUUAAUUUCUGCUUAUUACACCAAGUUACGGGGUGUUUGUGAUGAUAUUCAGUUGGUUUCUCCUUCCCCAUGGUGUACUUGCAAUAAAUGUGACUACAAUAUUGGAAAAAGAUUGAAUGAAGCUAAAGAGAAGGAGAUAUUGUAUGGGUUUUUGAUGGGUUUAAAUGGUAAAUUUAACACCAUCAGGACCCAAAUACUAUUCAUGAAGCCCACUCCUAUCCUCAAAACUGCCUACUGUAACAUCCCAAAAUCACGAUAA